AUGGCUGGUCGACGUUCUGACACUUGGAGAGGCAUUGAUCCAGAGCCGGCGCGGAGGUCUUCCUACAAUUCAUCUCGGGGCCUCCAAAGAGACCUGCAAUCCCCUUGGAGGCCUCUUAACCAAGUUUUGAGAGCCGGCGAAUACAUCAGCAACGAGCCAGCUGAGGAUAUACCUAGCGAGCCUGCGGCUCAAUUGAACGAAAUACCACGAUUUCAAUACGGCUGCAUAUAUUGGUUGAAGCACCGAAAAGAAGAGGGGACCUCGGGCUGCUAUGAGGUAUCAAACGUGACAGGAAACCGCCAAGAUUUGGAAGACCAGGUUUUCGACCGCCCCGUAUCACUCCUAGACUCGAAUAUUGUGGAUGGGGUAAGAUUCUACAAGGCAGCCAUGCACACCUCCUUCGGGAGGCUCUCAACAGACAAUUGGUCACUGUCUCAAUCGAAACGAAGCAACCUGAGGAACUCUUUCGCGUUGAGGGAACAACGCUUAGAAAACACCAAUAAAACCUCAGAACAAACUUUCUAUUUGGGGCGGGGCCGGGUCGAUAGGGAUAGCUACAUUCGAGUCGACAAGGUCCUUUUCCUUACCGAAACAAGCCUCAAAAUUUACCACUACAAUGGCGGUGUGACGCCGGAUGAACCACCUAGACUUUGUUUCCAGAGCUUCAAAAGAUUGAUGGAGGUUCUAAGACUCCCAGGAAACAGAGCGGAACUAUACUUCGGGACAGGGGACCGGAUCCGCGAAGAAGACAGAGCAUAUUCCGAGGAACGACCAACCAUUGGGAAGUCAAGCCGUGAUUUGAUAUCAUACAAUGAGGCGGUCAAUCGCUCUAUCGAAGGAUUUCCACCUCGCAGCCGCUCAGAAACGGCUCAGGUUUCGGAUCCGAUGGAUCCUUCAACGUACUUCACGGGGUGA